AUGAUUCACCUGUUUGUGUUGAUUCUGUUCACUAACGCGCAAUACGACGCGUUAACGACAAUAUAUAACCAAUACGUUGACGCUUACAAUAAACGAGACUCAACGAGAACGUCAUGUUCGUCUGGGUGCUUCUAUGACAUUCACGGAGUGUACGAACAGUCUACACUUCAACAGUUAUAUUACUUAAACAAACCAUAUCCAACGGAACACCCUCACUUCUGUGGAAGGUCAUGUAGUGUUUUGACUUACAAAACACCGAUGGUUCAUUACUCGAAGAAAACAAACGAACUUGACAAUGACGAUAUUUGUUGGUCGUACAUCACUCCAACCAGGUUUUUGUAUGUAACGCCAAAUCCAUUUUACGUCGCCGUACAUCACAAAAAUGCGGCCGUGUUUUAUCCGGGGUACCAAACACUCUCGUAUUAUGACCCACAAGAUUUUGAAUCGAUCAGGUCCGUUGGAUAUGGCAGGACGACUCUUUACAUUCUCUUCGAUAUAUCCAACUCUAACAGACAAUUUGAUUCCAAGAAGUUGGGGUUAGUCCAUCUCCUCAACACCUUUUCUUCAUUUCAGAACUCCCGCGUCGUCAUCUUUAAUAAUGAAGCAAGGAUGAUGCAAGGGUUUGUGGACAUCACGCACUCAUCUAUCGAUCGACUCUCGGAAGAUGUGUGUAAAAUGGAACCUUAUGGGGGGACAAAGCCAUCCGAGCCAUUUGAAGUUGUGAGGGACUAUUUGAUCCGCAACGAUUUAAAAGGAAAUGAUUUCCACUGUCUUAUGAUAACUGACAUGAAAGUCUAUCAAUCAAAGAAAACGUUACGAAACAAAAUCAUCUUAUUACGGGAACGAGUGAGGCAGAGGUAUAACGCUUUUUACUUCCACACCUUCGAUGCGUCCGAAGACAACACUGGGAGAAGUGAUUGGCUCAAAGAAUUUGCGUGUGAGUUUGAUGGGCAUUACGUUGAUUACAGUGGCAAUGCCAACACUACUGUCGGCACAAUGGAUCGAUUUAUUAAGUCUCUUAAACACCGAAUAGAGGCACUUCCCGUUCAUACUAAUUUCCCUUUUGUUCGAACAAGUGGCGUGCAAUAUGGCGUAUUUUCAGAAAACGCCUGGGGCAUCGCAAAGCCUCAUUACAUCGACUUCUCGUCGGAAGAUCCACUCUUUCCUCUUCGACUGGCUUGGAUCUUCUCCGCUGCGUUUUCUACAUCUCCAAAUAUCGUGCCGGGGGACGCUACUUACUACCCAACACCAACCAUCGACCCACUUAGAAAGUAUGUCUUAGAUGAUUAUCUGGGUCAUCACUGUUCUAAGAUCUCAGACUUCACGGUCGAUGAAAGAGAAAAGAUAGCAAAGAGCAUCUCCGCAUUCAACUUGGACUGGAGAGUGCCCACUAAACUCAAUUUUUGUAAAUACGACAGACUCCUUCAAGACAUCGACAAGACAAAUCAGUCCCUCUUCUGUGUUUCUGAAGGAAGUUGCCCAGACAAAGACGCUUUUACUAAAGCAGACUACAAUUUUUAUCUUCGAAAGACGUGUUCUUCUCCUUACAUCUCUGUGUUCUUUGUAACACUCUUAAUUCUCUUGUUUUAA